AGGAAGUUAGGGUGCUGGGGUUUUUAUUGUCAAGCCUCCGCAGAGUUGAAGAAAGAAACUCAAAGAAACUAACAAAGAAUGAUUACUACAACCUUGUUGCAAUGAAGUGGGCGAGUGUGUUGUUGUAAAAAGUGUUUGCUCUACGAUGGAUCUGUGUGCGGAAAGAAGGGAUGAGAUCCCAUCGUUUCAAUUAUCUCUGUCUGAGGAACAUGAUAGCCACACUAAAGUUGAGAUCUCAUUCCAGCAGGAGAAACCAGACUCCCCUAGACCCAGCUGUGUGUCAAUUAAGGACAACCACUCCAUUGCUGAACCCUUAGCCUUUGGAGAUAGAGAUCUCUCUACAGAGCAGAGUCUCCUUCAGCAGGAGAAGCAAGACUCCCCUGAACCUAGCUGUGUGUCAAUGAAGGACAACCACUCCAUUGCGGAACCCUUAACCUUUGGAGAUAGAGAUCUCUCUACAGAACAGAGUCUCCUUCAGCAGGAGAAACAAGACUCCCCUGAACCUAGCUGUGUGUCAAUGAAGUACAACCACUCCAUUGCUGAACCCUUAACCUUUGGAGAUAGAGAUCUCUCUACAGAACAGAGAGGCCACCAAGUGGGGCCAGAGGUUGCCACUGAUCAAUCUGACAAGGAGCAUGAUGAAGCAGAUCUGGCCUCCAUAUUUAUGGUGUUAGAGGAGAACAUCAUCACUUUUGUGAAGGCUGAGCUGAAGAAAUUCCAGAGAAUUCUCAGUCCAGACUACACAAAAUCUUUAGAGGGGCAGAAAAAGAAUGAGGAUGUGGUGAAUGGUGCAGAGGAAGAACAGAGGAAAAGCAGCAAAGAGGCCCUUCUGAAGAUCACAUUGCACAUUUUGAGGGGAAUGAAGCAGGGAGAACUGGCUGACUGCCUGCAGAGCAGAACUGCUGAAGUGUGCCAAAAUAAGCUCAAAAGUAAUCUAAAAAAGAGGUUCCAAUGUUUGUUCGAAGGAACUGCUAAAGCAGGAAACCCCACACCUCUGAAUGAGAUUUACACAGAACUAUACAUCACAGAGGGAGGAAGUGGAGAUGUCAAUGAUGAACAUGAGAUCAGACAAAUUGAAACAGCAUCCAGGACAUCAUCAAGACCAGAAACUAUAAUCAAAUGUGAAGAUAUCUUCCAACCCUUACCUGGUAGAGAUCAUCAACCAAUCAGAACGGUGAUGACAAAGGGAGUGGCUGGCAUUGGGAAAACAGUCUUAACACAUAAGUUCACUCUGGACUGGGCUGAAGACAAAGCCAACCACAACAUACAGUUCACAUUUCCAUUCAGUUUCAGAGAGCUGAAUCUGCUGAGCGGAAAAAAGUACAGCUUGGUGGAACUUCUUCAUGUCUUUUUUACCAACACUAAAGAUGCAGAAAUCUGCAGCUUUGACAAGUUCAAGGUUGUGUUUAUUUUUGACGGUCUGGAUGAGUGUCGACUUCCUCUGGACUUCCACAACAAUGAGAUCCUGACUGAUGUUACAGAGUCCACCUCAGUGGAUGUGCUGCUGACAAACCUCAUCACUGGGAAACUUCUUCCUUCUGCUCACCUCUGGAUAACUACACGACCUGCAGCAGCCAAUCAGAUCCCUCCUGAGUGUGUUGACAUGGUGACAGAAGUGAGAGGGUUCACAGAUGCCCAAAAGAAAGAGUACUUCAGGAAGAGAUUCACUGACGAGGAACAGGCCAGCAGAAUCAUCUCUCACAUCAAGGCAUCACAAAGCCUCCACAUCAUGUGCCACAUGCCGGUCUUCUGCUGGAUCACCGCUUCAGUUCUGGAGGAUAUAAUGGGAUCACAAACCAUUAAAGGGUUGCCAAAGACCCUGACUGAGAUGUACAUCCACUUCCUGGUGGUUCAGUCCAAAGUAGGGAAUGUCAAGUAUCGAGGAGGAGCAGGGACAGAUCCACUGUGGAACACAGAGACCUGCAAGAUCAUCAUGUCUCUGGGAAAACUGGCUUUUGAACAGCUUCAGAAAGGCAACUUGAUCUUCUAUGAAUCAGAUCUUCUAGAUUGCGGCAUUGAUAUCAGAGCAGCCUCAGUGUACUCAGGAGUGUUCACACAGAUCUUUAAAGAGGAGUGUGGGUUGAACCAGGGCAAGGUGUUCUGUUUUGUCCAUUUGACCUUUCAGGAGUUUCUGGCUGCUCUUUAUGUUGUUCUGACUUUCAUCAACACUGGUAUCGAUCUACUGUCAGAACCAGAGUCAACAUCCUGCUGGUCUUCACUGUUAAGGGACAAAUCUAAAGUAAAUCCCCUCUUCCAAAGUGCUGUGGACAAGGCCUUACAGAGUCCAAAUGGACACCUGGAUUUAUUUCUCCGCUUCCUCCUGGGUCUCUCACUGAAGACCAAUCAAACCCUUUUACAAGGCCUGCUAAAACCACCAGGAGGCAGCUCAGAGAACUAUCAGGAAACAGUCAAAUACAUCAAGAAGAAGAUCAGGAAAAAUCCCUCUCCAGAAAGAUGCAUCAACCUCUUUCACUGUCUGAAUGAGCUGAAUGAUCAUUCUCUAGUGGAGGAGAUCCAACAGUACUUGAGUUCAGGAAGUCUCUGCACAGACAAACUAUCUCUUGCUCAGUGGUCAGCUCUGGCCUUCAUCCUACUGUCAUCAGAAAAUGACCUGAAUGUGUUUGACUUGAGGAAGUACUCUGCUUCAGAGGAAGGUCUCCUGAGGCUGCUGCCAGUGGUCAAAGCCUCAAGAAUAUCUCGGCUGAGUGACUGCAAGCUGUCAGAGAGAAGCUGUAAAGCUCUGGCCUCUGUUCUUAUGUCUAAGUCAACUCGUCUGAGAGAGCUGGACCUCAGUAACAAUGACCUGCAAGAUUGUGGAGUAAAGCUGCUCUCUUUUGGACUGAGGAGUCCACAGUGUAGACUGGAAACUCUAAGGUUAUGUGGCUGUAACUUGUCAGAGACAAGCUGUGAAGCUCUGGCCUCAGUUCUCAGCUCCCAGUCCUCUAGUCUGAGAGAGCUGGAUCUAAGUGACAACGACCUGCAGGACUCAGGAGUGAAGCUGCUCUCUACAGGACUAGAGAGUCCUCACUGUAGACUGGAAAAUCUCAGGUUGGCAGGCUGUCAGGUCUCAGAGGAAGGUUGUGCUUCUCUGGACUCAGCUCUGAGCUCCAAUCCCUCCCAUCUGAGAGAGCUGGACCUGAGCUACAAUUAUCCAGGAUAUUUCGGAGUGAUGCUGCUCUCUGCUAGACUUGAUGAUCCACAGUGGAGACUGGACACGCUCUGUGUUGACCAUGGUGGAAAGCAUCGCUUGAAACCCUUCAUGUUUGCCUGUGAACUCACUCUGGACCCAAACACAGCACACAGUCAGCUCUCUCUGUCAGAGGACAACAGAAAGGUGACAGAGGUGACAGAGGUGCAACCUUACCUUGAUCAUCCAGACAGAUUUCACCACUGGAAGCAGGUUCUGUGUAGAGAAGGUCUGAGCAGCAGCUGUUACUGGGAGGUGAAGUGGAAAGGAUGGGUGAAUAUAGGAGUGACAAACAGAGGAAUCAAAAGGAAAGGAGAGUUUGACGAAUGUUGUCUUGGUGAGAACAACAAGUCCUGGGGUCUCUUCUGUUCUGCUCAUGGUUACUCUGCCUGUCACAAUAAGAGAACAGUGAACAUACAGGCUGUCACCUCCUCAUCUGACUCUGGCAGAGUAGCAGUGUAUCUGGACUGGUCUGUUGGCACUCUGUCCUUCUACAAAGUCUCCUCUGACACACUGAUCCACCUCCACACCUUCUACUGCGCAUUCACUGAACCCCUCUAUCCUGCGUUCCGAUUUAAGUUAAACUCUGCAUGUGAGUCCUCGGUGUCUCUGUGUCAGUUUGAGGAGGGAGAAUCAUCUCCAGUGUAAAGAAAGACCCACACUGUUGCUUGGUGACAGCUGCUGAAACAGCAGCACUUAAUAUACAGUAGGGACAUACACACAGAAACACAUACACUGUGGAAAAGCAGUCCCAGCCAUGGCCUGAAUUAGAAUGAGUUUCUGUUACAUAGCCAAAUAUUAGGCUACAGGACUGCAGAAAAUUUUAAAGUACCUAUGUUCCACCUAAUGUGCCCACAACCUGAGAGCCUUACCCUGCGUGUUGCAACUUUGAUGUGAGGAUGUUUUUGUUUGUCCCUCAUGAAUAUGUUCUGUUUCCCUGACCUGGGGAGAAAAGAUUUGACUCAUCCGUAGCGGCAAUGUCACCCAUGUGAAGGUAGCUGUAGGCUGAAAGGCCUCUUCUGCUAUUGACAAUACUUUGACAAUACUUUGUCAAUAGCAGAAUGAUGUUAAAGUUCCUAAAUUGCUACACAGUUCAAAACAACAGAUCAAACCAUUUAACCCCUUUGGGAUUGCCUCAGUGUGGCACAGCUCAACAUCUCCACCUUUGCUCUCCUGGCAUUUCCCAGGUGUGUCGCAUCAGUGGUCAAUUCCAAGUCAGAUCCAUCCGCCAGGAGACCUUUCUCACAAGAAAAACGACAGCCUUAGUUGUUUCCUCAAAUACCUAAAACAACCUAUGUUAACUUCAGUGUUGGGCAGUAAUGCAUUACAUACAAUAAUGUGAUAACUUUCCUCAGUACCAAGUAUUGUGAAAGUUUACAAUUUGAAAUCUCUGGCGUUCAGUUGACAGACUGUCCAAUAUGUGUUACCACUAAAAGAGGUAAACUCCAAAGUUGUCUUAUUUACAUAUUAUAUCAUCUUAGCUGACUUACUAACAUUGACCACUGGUAACGCUAUGUUCAGGAAUCAGCUGGUUUAGUGCAGAGUUGGAAAGUUUGAGAAUAAUGCAGAUUCACUGAGAGGGAAGCAUUUUGUAAGUGCUGCCAUGCAUAGUCUUCCAAACUGUGGGCUGGCUGCUUGUUAAACUACAAUGUCUCGUUUUCUAUUUCUAAAAGCAUUUACUUUGACACUUGAAAAAAAACUUGACCAUUGUUCUUUUACCUUAACCUAGUAUUUUUAGUCACAUAGGUCAUUUUCUUUUUUGUCUAUGUGAUAUCAGCUCUGACCCUCUGAUCUAUUCCUAAACAUCACAUAACCAUAUCAACACAGUUAAUAUAUAAUGUACAUAAUAAGUCAGAGUUCAAAAAAAUGAUAUAGUUUGGUUGUCUGGUAUAGUCAUAAAUAAAAUAAGAUUUAGAUAGACUUAACUACACUUCUUAACUACAUUAGAGCAAAGUCUGGACUGAGCUCCUGUACAGAUGUUAACAGGCAGUACAUUCAUAUAAACACAAAAAUAUAUUGAAAUGGGGAAUAUGUUGUCUUUAUAUGGUUUCACCAAUUAGUUAAGCUCUAUUUACUUUGUGUGAAUGUAACUCAAUUUGACUGUAAUCCCAAAAAUAUAUAUAAUCAAGCAAACCAAGUAAUAGUUGUGUUGU